CUGUUUUUUCAGUUAAUUCCAUGUAAACCCCAUCAAUUCAAGUUUAUAUGAACUGGGUUAUCAUCAUUCUUCAUCUUCAUCAAUGGACUUUACAGAUCUUUCUUCAUCAUCAUCUUCAUCAUCCUCAUCCGCCAUUACAACCCAUUCAAUAAGCUCUGAUUCCUUCACAUACCCAACUGACGAAUCAGGAAGCUUCGCCGGCACGCCGGCGAAGUCUCCCAAACGAACUCUUCUUAGCAGAUUGGGCAUGACCCAUGAUCACAAGAUUGAAGAUCAUGAUGAUGAUCAAGACAUGGAAAUUGAUUUGAUGAAGGAAAGAUUCUCGAAGCUUCUAUUGGGAGAAGAUAUGUCUGGAAGUGGUAAAGGUGUUACUAUUGCUGUGGCAAUCUCUAAUUCAAUCACUAAUCUAUAUGUUUCUGUAUUUGGGCAACAUCAGAAGCUUGAACCUCUUCAUCCGGAGAAGAAGAUGAUUUGGAAAAGAGAGAUGAAUUGUUUUCUCUCCGUUUGCGAUUAUAUCGUCGAAUUCUACCCGAUUAAACAAACUAGACGCGAUGGAAGUUUCUUCGAGGUUAAAGGAAGCAGGCCAAGAUCUGAUAUUCAAAUCAACCUUCCAGCAUUACGAAAGCUUAAUUCAAUGCUUUUGGAUAUUUUAGAGACGUUUGUAGAAACAGAAUUUUGGUACGUAGAUGAAGGGAGCACAACGACAACUCUGUCUGGUUCAUUUAGAAAAUUGACUCAAAGAAACGACAAUAAGUGGUGGUUGCCGGUGCCAUGCGUUCCUUCCGGCGGCUUGUCGGAGAAAUCGAAAAAACAUUUAAGAUUUAAACGCGAUUCUGCAAACCAGAUACAUAAAGCAGCUAUGGCUAUUAAUAAUACUGUUCUUUCAGAGAUGGAGAUUCCGGCUACUUAUAUUUCUUCACUUCCUAAGAGUGGAAAAACAAGUGCUGGAGAAAUAAUAUAUCGUUUUAUCAGUUCCACGGAUAAGUUCUCUCCUGAUCAUCUCCUCAACAACUUAAACAUAACUUCGGAGCACGAAGCCCUAGAAAUAGCAGACCGAGUGGAGGCAUCAAUGUACGUUUGGCGUCGAAAAUCGAACAUCAACCAUCCGAAAUCUUCAUGGGACUUUCUAAUGAAAGACCUCAUAAUAUCAGACACCGAACGAAGCGACAAGAACCACAUGAUGAGCGAAAGAGCUUUAAGUUUCCUAUUUUGCCUCAAACAAAGGUACCCCGAGCUCUCUCAAACGAGUCUAGACGCUUGCAAGAUCCAAUUCAAUAGAGAUAUUGGGCAGGCAAUUUUGGAAAGUUACUCAAGGGUAUUAGAGGGAUUGGCUUUUAACAUUGUUGCUUGGAUUGAUGACGUGUUAUUUGUGGACAAAAAAAUUGUGGAGACAAGAAAAUAAACUAAUUGACCCCUAAACAAUAUUUCCAUGAACAUAUUGACCCCUAAGAUUAUAUCUUCUCUACUUUUUGUUUCAAUAUUUUGUUGACAAGUUUGAAAGUGUAGAUCCUUAUCUUAGUUCUUAUUCAAGUUGAGAUAUCAACUUAUCAAUUUGUUUAAUUUCGUCCUUAACUUAAAAUCAAUAAUAUUGAUAUAUGAAGUUAAUA